ACCGACGUGUACUGUCUCCUCAACGCCGACCUCUUUGUCGUGGUGCGACCCGACGCGCGCGACCGGACGUUAGGGCUUGUGACACACUUGCAGCCACUGCACGCGGUCUCGAUCCAAGAGGAUGCGAUGCAUCUGCACAUACGUGGCGGCGACGACAGCAUUUGCCUCGAAUUUCCGAUGCCCGAGAUGCGCGAGCAAAUGGCCGCGCAUUUGCACGCGAUGCAAGCGCAGCAAGUGGCAAGGAAGACCGCGGCCAUCCAGACGCUGUUAACGGCGCAUGUCGUCGUCGUCUAG